AGGUACCCUUCCCCACCGCCGCUUCCCCGCUCCGCUGCUCAGGCGCCAGCUCCCGAGCGGAAGGGGCGCCGGGGUGGCCCGGGCAGGCGCAGCGCCCGGCGGCGGGAAGGGGGCGCACGCUGGCGUUCCUGCUCUCGCCGAGGGGCGGCCGCUAACCGAAAGCGCGCACCGCGGAGCCGGGAGUCCGCGCGGCCCCGGUAUCGCCCCUCCGCGCUCGCGGCGCCGCCUCCUCCCUUCGCGCCGCCGGCGUUGCCCGGGGGCGGGGCCUCUCCGCUGCGGAGGCCGGGGACGCGGCGGCGCUGGGCGCGGGUAGCACGGCGGAGCCGGCCGGCGGCGGAGGCGGCGGCGCAGAGCGGCCCGGGCGGCCUCGUAGCGGGGCCCCGCAUCGCCGAGAGCGGCCGGAGCCGCAGAAAGAGAUUCUCAGCGCUGAUUUUGAGAUGAUGGGCUUGGGAAACGGGCGUCGCAGCAUGAAGUCACCACCCCUCGUGCUGGCUGCCCUGGUGGCCUGCGUCAUCGUCUUGGGCUUCAACUACUGGAUUGCUAGCUCCCGGAGCGUGGAUCUCCAGACGCGGAUCAUGGAGCUGGAAGGCAGGGUCCGCAGGGCAGCCGCAGAGAGAGGCGCCGUGGAGCUGAAGAAGAACGAGUUCCAGGGAGAGCUGGAGAAGCAGCGGGAGCAGCUCGACAAAAUCCAGUCCAGCCACAACUUCCAGCUGGAGAGUGUCAACAAGCUGUACCAGGACGAAAAGGCGGUUUUGGUGAAUAACAUCACCACAGGCGAGAGGCUCAUCCGAGUGCUGCAAGACCAGCUAAAGACCCUGCAGAGGAAUUACGGCAGGCUGCAGCAGGAUGUCCUCCAGUUUCAGAAGAACCAGACCAACCUCGAGAGGAAGUUCUCCUAUGACCUGAGCCAGUGCAUCAAUCAGAUGAAGGAGGUGAAGGAACAGUGUGAGGAGCGAAUAGAAGAGGUCACCAGAAAGGGGAACGAAGCUGUAGCUUCCAGAGACCUGAGUGAAAACAACGACCAGAGUCAGCAGCUCCAAGCCCUCGGCAAGCCUCAGCCCAGGCAGCAGGCGGCAGGCCUGCCACGCACAGAGGUGCCACAAGGGAAAGGAAAGAUGCCCAGCAACAGCAAGUACCAGACACCAGCCCCCAGUUCCGAAGUGGCUGUGGAUUCCAAGAGACAAGCUGAGAAAGAGGAAGUCAAUGAGAUCCAGGUGGUGAGUGAGGAGGAGCCUCAGAGGGAGAGGCUGCAGCUGCCGCAGGAGCCAGGCCGGGAGCAGGUGGCAGAAGACAGACCUGUGGGCGGAAGAGGCUUCGGGGGAGCCAGAGAACUGGGCCAGACCCCACAGGUGGCAGCUGCCUUGUCGGUGAGCCAGGAAAAUCAGGAGGCCGAGGGCCCUGAGCGAGACCAGCUUGUCAUCCCCGACGGACAGGAGGAGCAGGAAGCUGCCGAGGAAGGGAGAAACCAGCAAAAACUGAGAGGAGAAGAUGAUUACAACAUGGAUGAAAAUGAGGCGGAAUCUGAAACAGACAAGCAGGCAGCCCUGGCAGCGAAUGACAGAAACAUAGAUGUUUUUAAUGACGAUCAGAAGAGAGACACCAUAAAUUUACUUGACCAGCAUGAAAAGCGGAAUCAUACACUCUGAAUUGGAAUCACGUAUUUCACAUCAGGACUGAAGAGAUGACUACAAAAUGUUCAGGAGGGACUGAAUACUUCAAACUGUGAAAUGUACUAAAAUGUACAUCUAAAGAUGAUUAUUGUGAAAUUUUAGUAUGUAAUUUGUGUAGGACAAAUGGAAUGGUCUUUUAAACAGCUUUUAGGGGGUACUUCUGAAGUGUCUAAUAAGAUGUAACAAUUUUUGAUAAUAGGUAUUUUAUGAGAAGAUCAACACCAAAAAUGGAACAUAGUUCUCCUUCAAGUGUUGGCGACAGUAGGGCUUCCUGAUUCUGGAAUGUAACUUUGUGUAAAUUAACAGCCACGUAUAGGAAGAGUCCAUCUGCUGUGAAGGAGAGACACAGAACUCUGUCUGGGUUACCACUGGCAUCGUCCUGUCCACGUGCUGUGGAGUGCUGGUGCCAGCCUGUUACCUGUUCUCACUUAAAGACUGACUGGCUUAUGCUCUUGUGCAGUCAAUUCAGAUUCUGACAAUCAAUAGCCUAGAGCACUGACUGUUAACACAAAUGUCACUAGCAAACUAGAAACAGCUUUAAGUCUAAAUACAAAGCUGUUUUGUGAGAAUUUUUAAAAACAUUACUUGUAUAAUAACCCGUGUCGUUUUUAAUGUGCAAAACACUACUACGGCUUACAAUUUGAACACUUGUGGUCUGUAUUUACUUUGUUUCAUGUAUGUGGGCAAAGUAACAUCUUCUCUAAAUAUAUUACCAAGAAAAGGAGCAGAUUAGAUUUUUGAAAAACGGGUCAUAAGCGGGCUGACAUGGAGCGCAGCACAGUGAGAGGCAGAGGCACGGCACGAGAGGGCAGGCUUGCUGUGGACAGAUCUGGGCCUACUUUAUGACUGGAGUAAAAGAAAACUAAGUUCAUUGAUGUUGAAAGGAUAUACAGUGUUAGAAACUGGGACUGUUUAGAAGAACAUGAGAAAUGCAAUGGUUUUUGUCAUAGUGUACACAUUUAGCUUGUGGUAAAUGACUCACAAAACUGAUUUUAAAAUCAAGUUAAUGUGAAUUUUGAGAAUGACUAAUUCCUAAUUCACAGUAACAAUGGGAUUAAGGUUUGACUUCAGUUGGUUCUUAGGAUUUAUGGUAAAUAUGCUCUUACCGCUUGCAAAUAACUGGCCUCGUCAUUAAUGACUUUCAGUAAGGCUCUCUAAGGGGUAAGUGGGAGGAUCCACAGGAUUUGAGAUGCUGAGACCUAAGAGAUCCUUUGAUCUAACCUUCUUAUUUUCAGAGGGGAAAAUGGGGCCUAGAAGUUAUGGAGCAUCUAGCUGGUGUGCUGGCACCCCUGGCCUCACACUCCCGAGUAGCUGGGACUACAGGCACGAAGUCACUGAAGCAGGCCCUGUUUGCAAUUCAUGUUGUCACCUCCAGCUUGAACAUUCUUCAUGUCUAUGUCCUUUUAACCCAGUCCCUAAGGUUAAACUUUCCCACCUAGAAAAGGCAACUUAGAUAAAAUCUUACUUUCAUACCCUUCUAAGUCCUUUUCCAACCUCACUUUGAGUUCCUCUUGGGGUUGAUAGGAAUUCUCUCUUGCUUUCUCAAUUAAUAAAGUCUCGAUUCAUCUCAUGUUUAAUUUGUAUGCAUAGAAUUGCUAAGAAAUAAAAUAUUCUGUUCAACUU